AUGCCCCAGCCCCGAACUCCCCUCCGGAGCGGCCAAGAACUAUGCCAGUUAAUCGACGAGCUCAACAGUCACUUCAACCUCGACAUCCCCAAUCCGCUCUUAUACUCGCCGUCCGCGGACAGCGGCGUCGGCCGAGGCGAUGGCUCCCUUAGAUGGCGCAUCUACCGCGGCAUGCAGCGUCUCUACUUUGAUCGCAACGUCGACCUGUACAAGAUUAUCAACAGCUUCGAUGACUGGGAUCGUGUCCAGCACCGGCGCGAUGACCGCCUUGUGUAUCUGCUCAAGCUGAUUGACGAUGAGGCUUACCUCCGGGGAUCGUCGACGUCGUUUUCGUUCUCGUGUUUGGAGACCAUCGAGGAACCCCCGCCGCCCCCGCUGCUGCCCCCGCCGUCUGUCUCGCCUUCGAAAUCGUUGAAGCGGCGGAUCUCUGACGAGGAGGAUGAGUUUCAUACGGCGCCUAGUUCGCCUGUUAAGCUGCCUGCGGGGUCGCCGAUGCUGGUGGAUAGGACGCGGGAACUGGAGGAGGAUGCGAUCAUGGGCGGCCCCGUCUACGCCUCCAAGGUGUCCCGCAUGGCGGAGGAGCCGUGGCCGGUAUCGCGGUUCUCCGAUAAGCUGACGGCGUCGAUGAACGACUGCCGGUAUGAUGCGGCGCCGUCUGUUCAAAACCCGGAUCACAGUUUCUCAACAACAAUGACAACCGACCCCCCGUCGUUUUUCUCCAACCCGCGCGACCAGCUGAAUACCUCGUUUAAUUCGACCGUCACGGACAUCACGGUGCCCUGCUUCGAGACCGAAACCCAGUAUGAGGACUCCGUGGCGGACCACAUGCUCAGCCAAGAGCACAUGAUGUCCUUCGGGUCGUCGACCGUCGAGGUCCCGGAGCCGCGCUACUCGCGCGAAGGGGAGAUCAUGGGGGAGUUACUCGCGAACGGGCCGUUCUCAUGGGACCAGCCCUUCCCGGGAACAGUCCCGCUGCGGUACCGGUACGAGGUGGAGAGGAUUGGGCGUGCGUGGGACGUCCCGCUAAACCAGAUGCUAGUCGGCAGCAGCAUCUCGUUCAAAACGCGCGACCAGUUCUGGGACUGGAUCAAGAACCACAACCAGCGAGGCGGGAAGCCUCUCCCCGAGAAACCGCACGCCAAAGCCUGGGACGCCGCGACGGGGUCCUUCCAGACAGCCAAGCACUCCGAGGUGGUUGUCCUGUCGGGGGAAAUGACCUGGUGUGACAAGUCCGAACCGGGGAUCCUCAAGCUGAACCUGCGGCCGCUGAAGACAGAGCGCACCUGUCGCUUCCACCGCCGCUUCGGCUCCGACCGGUUUCUCAGCGUCGUCCUCCCCGCGCCGUCACGGCCCCCGGCCUACCUGAAGAUGCCAUCGCAGCCGGCGCUGCUGCGCGAGACGCUGGCGCUGUGGCUGACGCAGAACGUGCACCGGUGCGCGGGACGCACGUGGCAGCCGUUCUUUGUGGAGGAGGUCAAAUCCAAGAAUAAGCGCGCGUCGAGCGAGCCGCGGUUCAGGGUCGACUUUUUCGCUAUCGACGGGGUGGAUUUCAACGCCAGCUUCUCGUUAUCGAGUGCCCUGCCUCCAGUCCGGCAGGAGAGCGAGCACCGCACGCCGAUGAGCUUGGACGCCCUCCUCGAGUGGCACAUGCCCCGCGAGGCGAACAAGAACCAGACCAACUGCAAGCUGUUCCAGCGGCUGCAUCUCGGGCUCUCCAAGACGUUCGCGACUGUCACCCUCACCCCGCAGCAGGUCUUCUACCUGCGAGACCUCCCCAACCGCACCGUCAUGAACGACGGCUGCGCGCUCAUGUCUCGCGCCCUCGCGCAGCGGGUCUGCGACUCGCUAGGCAUCACAGGCAGCACUCCCAGCAGCUUCCAGGGGCGGAUAGCAGGCGCCAAGGGGCUCUGGAUGGUCGACAAGCAUGCAUCGCAUGUCGCCGCAGGACCCGACGACAUCUGGAUCCAGAUCUCCGACUCGCAACUAAAGAUCGGACCGCACCCGCGCGAGUGGCACGGCCCCAUUGACGACGAGAAGCUGACCUUCGAAGUCGUCAAAUGGUCCAAGCCCCUCCACCCAGUCGCGCUAAACACGCAACUCCUCGCCGUCCUCGAGCACGGCGGGCCCGUCAGGAAAUACAUCGGCGAGAUCACCCGCGCAGGCAUCCAAUCCCUCUACCGCGACUUCGAAGACGUCUUCCAAACCGACUGCCCGCUCCGCUGCCGGGCACUCGUCCAGAAACUCCGCCCCGCCGCCGCAGACGCCUCCGACACCCGCCGUCUCGACCAGUGGGCCUCCAACAACACCGAGUGCAUCAUCCGCCUGACCGAAGCAGGGUUUCGCCCGCGCAGCUUCUACCCGCUGCGCACGCGUCUCCGCAAAUGCCUCUGCGAGGUGCUAGACCGCUACGUCGACGACCUGCACAUCCAGGUCCCGCUGUCCACAUACGCCUUCUGCAUCGCAGACCCGUACGGCGUGCUCAACGAAGACGAAGUCCACUUCGGCCUGUCAACGCAGUGGACCGACCCCGCCGGCCAAUUCGAAGAUAACCUCCUCGACGGCAUCGACGUCCUCGUCGGCCGCCUCCCCGCGCACCUCCCAUCCGACAUCCAGCGCCGCCGCGCAGUCUGGCACCCGCAGCUCCGACACUUCAAAGACGUCAUCGUGUUCCCGACAACAGGCACAACCUCCCUCGCGCACAUGCUCUCCGGCGGGGACUACGACGGCGAUACCCCCUGGAUCUGCUGGGACCAGAACAUCGUGCAGCACUUCGCGAACUCCCCUCUCCCAAAAAAAUACCCCGCAAAACACUACGGCCUCACAUCCCACUACGUCCCCAUGACGAAAAUCUCCACAAGCGACGAGUUCCUGCAGAGCGCAUUCACAUUCAACCUGACCAUGUCCCAGCUCGGCCGCUGCACAGUCGAGCACGAGAUCAUCGCCUACGAUAAAUCCAUCAACUCCCCCACAGCUAUCAAACUCGCCUGUCUACUAGGCCACCUCGUCGACGGCCGCAAGGCCGGCGUGCAGCUCUCUGAAAACGCGUGGCAAUCUUACCGCAAGACUAUCAAUCCCAACGGCCGCCGCGUCGUCCCGGCUUACAAGAACCCGUCCAGGGAGUACAAAGUAACCAACAUCAUAGACUACCUCAAGUUUGUCGUAGCCAGCAACGAACGCUCCCAUCUUCUUACGCAGCUUGAGAAGACUCUUAAUGAUAGCGGGAGUCGCUCAGACCGCGACGAGGAUCUCACGCGGCCGUGGCGCGACGCUAAGGCAGCUUCUAAGGAUAGCAAGGACGCACAAUUGCAAGCUGAAUUGGACCGCGCCGAGCGCGAGACAGACGCGCUGUUUAGACAAUGGGGCCACUCGCUGGGCAGCAAAGACGAGGGAUCGUCCUCGGAACUCGCAUGGCAAGCUGCCGAGAAAGCGCGGGACAUCACCCCUCCGGUUGAUCACAACAGCACAAGCAAGCAGCAACACCCACACCCCCUAAUCCACAUCUGGCACCACCGACCCGAAAUCUGGCUCGAGUUCCUCGCCUCGCUAACCUACACGAAACACCCGUUCUCGGCAUUCGUGAUCCACGCGUUCGGAGAAGAGCUGUGUCGGGUUAAGACUGCUGCUGCGGCUGUGGGGGCUGGGGGGAGCAGGGCGGUCGUGCAUGAUGUGCUGGGGUGUUAUCGGGUGAGUCAGAGGGCUGUUGCUAGGGCUGUUGCGCUUGAUGUGGUUGAUUUGGUGGAUGGGGAGGUGGCUGGGGGGGAGGGAGAGGAGGAGUUUGAUGGGGUGGAGGCUAUUCAGGAUUGGGUUUCGGGUGGGGGUGGGGGUGGGAGUAGAGAUUAUGAUUGGGAUCCUGAUGAUGGGGGGUCUGUUGAGUGA